AGGUGCUGCGUGGUGACCCGGAGGCAGUGGCUGUGCGGCAUGCUGAGGCCACUCCCCCUGGCUCAGGAUGAGUGUCAGAGAUGGCCCUGCCACCAUGGCAACCAGUGCAGGUGGAGGAGGAGGAGGAGGAGGGGGGGGCGAUGGGCCUAAUGAUCAAGAUGGCCGCUCAUACCUGCUCCAGAUCUAUCCGAGGCUGGCUGCCCAUCCCUCCGCCUGCUGCAGCCUGAGAGUGCAGAAAGAUGCCACGGCAGCCUCGGUCAUCUCAGACGCUGCGUCGACUCUGGGGCUGGACCCCGGCCGUCUGUACGUGUUGGCGGAGGUGAAGGAAUGCGGGGGGGAAGAGUGGGUUCUGGAGGCCGGGGAUUUGCCCGUGCAGAGGUUUCUGUUGUGGCCCCGGAAAGCCCAGGAGCAGCAUCCCCAGAGUUAUGGUUUUUACUUCUUACUACAGGAGAGGAAUCGAGAUGGCUCCAUCCAUUAUGUCCACCUCCCAACCUUGUCCAAGGAGCAGGAGGUGCAGCAUCUGGCUGCCAGGGGCUUCCUUCCCCCUCCGCAGGAUGACUUUGCAGACCUCUGCAACCUCCCCGUCCUCAAUGAGGACAGCAUAUUAAACAAUCUGCGCACACGUUUUCACAAGAAAAAGAUCUACACCUAUGCAGGCAGCAUCCUCAUCGCCAUCAACCCCUUCCAGUUCCUGCCCAUCUACAACCCCAAAUAUGUCAAGAUGUACGAGAACCACCAGCUGGGCAAACUGGAACCUCAUAUUUUCGCCAUUGCUGACGUGGCCUACUAUGCUAUGCUCAGGAAGAGGGUCAACCAGUGCAUUGUCAUUUCUGGGGAAAGUGGUUCAGGCAAGACCCAGAGCACAAACUUCCUGAUCCACUGUCUGACUGCGCUCAGCCAGAAGGGCUAUGCUAGUGGGGUGGAGAGGACCAUCCUUGGGGCCGGACCUGUCCUGGAGGCCUUUGGGAAUGCCAAGACGGCCCACAACAACAACUCCAGCCGCUUUGGGAAAUUCAUCCAGGUUAAUUAUCUGGAGAGCGGCGUGGUUCGAGGGGCUGUGGUGGAGAAGUAUCUCCUGGAGAAGUCUCGCUUGGUCUCCAGAGAGAAAAAUGAGAGGAACUACCACGUGUUUUACUACCUGCUAUUGGGCGCCUCAGAGGAAGAAAGAAAGGAGUUUAAAUUACUGCCGCCUGAGGAGUUCUUUUACCUCAAGCAGGAAAAUUUUAAGAUAGAAGAUGAGGAAGAUUUGUGUCACGAUUUUGAAAGGUUGCAGCAAGCAAUGGAGAUGGUGGGCUUCCUUCCAGCCACCAAGAAACAGAUCUUUUCUGUGCUUUCUGCAAUCCUGUAUCUUGGCAACGUGACCUACAGGAGGAAGUCGACCGGCCGGGACGAGGGGCUAGAUGUGGGGCCCCCGGACGUUCUAGCUACGCUCUCUGACCUGCUAAAGGUCAAAGAAGAACUCUUGGUGGAGGCGCUGACAAAGAGGAAAACAGUGACGGUCAAUGACAAGCUGAUCCUCCCAUACAGCCACUCAGAGGCGAUCACAGCCAGAGACUCCAUGGCCAAGUCCCUGUACAGCGCCCUGUUUGACUGGAUCGUCCUGCGCAUCAACCACGCACUGCUCAACAAGAAAGACAUGGAAGAGUCCAUCCCUUGCUUGUCCAUCGGCGUUCUUGACAUUUUUGGCUUUGAGGACUUUCAGACCAACAGCUUUGAGCAGUUCUGCAUCAAUUAUGCUAAUGAGCAGCUGCAGUAUUACUUCAACCAUCACAUCUUUAAUCUGGAGCAGGAGGAGUAUCAAGCAGAGGGAAUAACCUGGCACAACAUUGACUACACAGAUAACGUGGGCUGCAUCCAUCUUAUCAGCAAGAAACCUACCGGCCUUCUGUACCUGCUGGACGAGGAGAGCAACUUUCCACACGCCACAGAUGAGACCUUGUUGGCCAAAUUCAAGCAGCAGCAUCAAGGCAACAAAUACUUUGUUCCCACUCCAGUUAUGGAACCCGCUUUUGUCAUUCAGCACUUUGCAGGAAGAGUCAAAUACCAAAUAAAGGACUUCCGAGAGAAGAACACAGACCACAUGCGCCCAGACAUCGUGGCCUUACUGCGGAGCAGCGACCGGGCGUUUGUGCGGCAGCUCAUCGGCAUGGACCCGGUGGCCAUGUUUCGAUGGGGCAUCCUGCGGGCAACCAUCAGGGGCAUUGCUGCCUUCAACCAGGCCGGCCGCUCCUGGGCAGCUAAAACCGCAGGUGUUGUCCGUCCCGUGUCCAGAACUCCGUUAGGCGAGCUUCAAAGGUCCAACACCCCGAUAGAAAGAAUGUAUAAACGAGCAUCUAUGCUCGAUUUCUACUUUGAUCAUUCAGAGGAGCGCCCUCUAGAGGCCUUUGAAGACAUCUUUGCUAGCUAUGAAAAUAAGAAUAGAGGAAUGUUCUGCAUGAAAUAUCUCGGGGGGGCAGCCAAAAUUAACCUCACCAGACCCGGACUCGAGUGUAACACCACUCCCAGUGAUGAGCGUCUCACCAGUAACAACGUGCAGUCACAUAGGAGCCGAGACAUGCAUGCAGAGAUCAUCAGCUCCAUUAAGAACUUGCAGCUGGAUGGGGAGGACCCUCGCAAGCUGCUGCAAUCCUGGGGUCGCCUACGCUUCCCGCGACACCUCCUCCAGAAGAACAAGAGCAUUAAACAGAGGCAGGCCAUACCCAAGAGUUUGCUGGACUCUCGAUCUCUGAAGUUCAUUGUGAGUUUGACGCUCCACGAUCGCACCACCAAGUCUCUGCUGCACCUGCACAAAAAGAAGAAAACUCCCAGCAUCAGUGCACAGUUCCAGAACUCUCUGACCAAACUCUUAGAGACUCUGAACAAAGCCGAGCCUUUCUUCAUCCGCUGCAUCCGUUCCAAUGCUGAGAAGAGGGAGAUGUGCCUGGAUGAGGCCUUGGUGCUUCAGCAGCUGCGUUACACAGGGAUGCUGGAAACGGUUCGCAUCAGGAGGUCAGGCUACGGAGCCAAGUACACGUUCCAGGAAUUCAUUGAGCAGUUCAGAGUUCUGCUGCCAAAGAACUCCCCGGCCUCUAAAGAGGACAUCUCGGUGCUGCUCGGCAAGAAAAUGGGCCUUGACCCCACCACCUACCAGAUAGGCAAGACUAAGGUGUUCCUGAAGGAGAUGGAGAGACAGCAGCUGCAGGACAUGCUGCACAAGGAGGUGAUGCGGAAGAUCAUCUUCCUCCAACGCUGGUUCAGAGCUCGCCUGCAGAGGCAGGAGUUUGUCGACAUGAAACAGGCCGCCAUCUUAAUCCAGCGUUCAUGGCGGAGGUACUGCAGAGAGGAGGAACGUCGGCGGGCCGCAGCUGUGAUCCAGGCUCUGUGGAGAGGCCACAGACAGAGGCAGGAGUACCACAGGCAAAAGCAAGGCGCUACUAAAAUCCAAGCCCUGGUCAGAGGACACUCGGCACGCAGACGGUGCCAAUCGAUGCGUGAAGAGAGACAGAAGAGACAGCAGGAGAAGGAGGAGGCUCGGAGGAGAGCAGAAGAAGAAGAACGAAGGAAGAGGGAAGAGGAAGAGGAGGCCAGGAGACGAGCUGAAGAGGAAGAGAGGCUGAGAAUGGAGGAGGAGGCUAGGAGACAGGCUGAAGAGGAGGAAGCAAGGAGGAGAGCAGAGGAGAAAGAGGAGACAAGCCUGGAAAGGGAGCCUCAGACAAGAGAGGAUCCAGACAUAGAGCUGGUCACAGAGGAGAUGCUGGAUGAAAACCUCCCUGUCCCAGAGGUGGAGGACGAUGAGGGGGACGAGGAAGAAGAGGCUGAAGCGAUAAAUACAAGCUCGCAAACAGGCGAGGAGCAGAGCAGAGAUGAAGAGAAGUUGGAUUUGGAAACCCUGUCUGGGGCCGGACCCCAGUUGGAUGAGGGGGAUUUGGAGAAACAAAAAGGAGGAUCUCCAACCUCCAACGCACUUACACCCAUUUCUCCUCCUCUGGGGGAGGACCAACAGGCUGGAACUACCUCCACAACUCCACAAGCCGAGCAAAAGAAGGCACAACCUUCGGUUGUCAGCAAGGGCCCUCAUUCCAGGAGCCUGGAGAAGAGAGAGCAGAGAAGGCAAAGAGGGCUGGAGCACAACCAGAGAGAGACCGAACGAGCCUCCUCAUCUUCCAGCUCCUCCUCCACCAACAAGGAUCAGACCUCCCCACUGAAGAGCAAAAACCAAGAGACGUCUAAGCUAAAAGAGCGGUCGGACAGCAAGGAGCUGGACCAGUACACCUUUGUGGCCUGGAAGAUGAAGGCUGACAAGGUGGGGAAGAAAGAGGCAAAACCUGGGCCCGUCCGCCCAGCCACCUUAGCCCUGCAGCCGGCCGACUCUGUGCAGGACAGGAACGGCUCAGGCGAGAACGCUGGGACAGUAAGUCUGCAGCGCCGGCCAGGAGCCAUAAAGGAGAAGCCCGACAAGUGGAGGGCCAAGCCCAGUGAUGGAGAACAAGCAGAGGGAACCAGCUCUUCUCCACCCCACAGCAAAGAGGAGAAGAGGAAAAAAGCACAGCUGAGUGAAAUGGCCUCCUCAUCGAUCGACAGUUUGUCUCCAGGUUCUGAAGGAGCUGGUGCCAUUUCAAUCAGAGACAUCAUUUCCUCAUCAGAUCAUCAUGGUGAAGGUUCAAAAGGAAGUUCCUUCAGAAAGAGACACCAAGAAGGUUCUGGUCAGCCAGACUCGAGCCACUCCAUCCCAUCCACGCCUGACAGAUCAGUCGGCUUCUUCAGCAAGAUUUUGAAAAAGCGGCCCCUCAAAGAGGCCCACACUCCCGACAACGGAGAACUGACUUUUGCUCAGGGUGUCAGUGACAGGUCCACGCCGGGGGAAGCACCACCAUCCGGACACCCGUCCUGGCCACUGUCCCAGUCCCAAAGUGACCGUCCUGUUAAGAGUUUAGGCCGAAACCCCACUAUCAAAAUCAGCCGUGCCACCAGGGUCUCGGAGCAGUGGAACGCUUCGCUGGACAGAGAGAUCACCAACACCAACGAGCUGCGCCAGCUCGAUGAGUUCCUGGGCAACCAGGUCAAUGAUUUCCGCUCCAGGGGAAAGUCGCUCUCAGCCACAGAGGCCAUCUUUGUUACAGCCACCAUGCAGUUCAGAGAGUCCAUCAAAGCCAUGUAUUCCCUACCGAAACCUACCAUUGGCUACAAGGGGCUAAUGUCAGGGUACCAGAACAAAGUGAUCCACCUGGCAGGCAGCAAGCAAAAAGAAGAAGUCCAACUUGUGGUCAACCUGUUUCAGUCGGUGCUGGAUGGCUUUAUAAGAGGAGAGAUGAGGAAGGAGGAGGCUGAACCGGCCAAGCCUGCCAAAGCCAGAAAGAAGAGGAGGAAGAAGGAUAAAAGCAUGGAGAGCCCUCUGGAUCAUACUUUCGCCAAUUACCAAGUCAGCAUCAUGCAGUCAUGUGACCAGUGUACCUCCUACAUCUGGGGCAUGGAGAAAGCCUACAUGUGCAGCUACUGCAAAAUGGUGUGCCACAAGAAGUGCCUCUCCAAGAUCAUGACCGACUGCACCACCUUCAGCGCCAAAAAGAGCGAUGAGGAGUUCACGGGGCAGCACUUUGGCGUGCGCGUGCACCACCUGGUCAGCGAUAAGAACCCGGUGCCCAUGGUGCUGGAGAUGAUGCUGGAGCACGUGGAGAUGAACGGCCUCUACACCGAGGGCAUCUAUCGCAAAUCCGGCUCCGCCAACCGCAUGAAGGAGCUGCACCAGCGCCUGGAGACCGACCCACAUCUGGUGACCCUCGAUGAGUAUCCCAUCCACACGGUGACGGGGCUGGUGAAGCAGUGGCUGAGGGAGCUGCCCGACCCCCUCAUGACCUUCACUCAUUACAGUGACUUCCUGCAUGCAGUGGAACUUCCUGAGAAGCAGGAGCAGAUUCAAGCCAUUUAUAAAGUGUUGGAGGAUCUCCCCACAGCUAACUUCAACACACUGGAGCGGCUCGUCUUCCACCUCGUCAGGGUCUCCAAAGAAGAGGCUCACAAUCGAAUGUCUCCCAACUCGCUGGCCAUCGUGUUCGCCCCGUGCGUCCUGCGUUGCCCUGACAGCGCCGACCCACUGCUCAGCAUGAAGGAUGUCGCCAAAACCACCACGUGUCUGGAGAUGAUCAUCGUGGAGCAGAUCAGGCGCUACAAUGAGAAGAUGGAGGAGAUUGAGCAGCUGGAGUACGCCGAGGCUCUGGCUGUGAACCAGCUGAAACUCAAGAGAAAGAACACGCCCUGCUGGCAUUUACCCCUCAGGUUCUCAGCUCCUUACAAAGGAGUGGUGGUGCAUGAGAAGGUCAGCUCUGAUCUCAGAGUGGUCCACGAGAACGAGCCUCUGGACUCGGACACCGAGGCCGAGAAGAACCUGGUGGAGCGCAUCAAGUCCAUCAAGCAGGAGAAGGAGAACCUGGCCUUUCGCCUGCCCGAGAUGGAGCAGCCUGGUUCAGACCAGGAGAACCUGGACUCCGAGGCCUCGCUGAGCUCGGAGAGUCUUCUGGACGAGCAGCAGCGCUCCUCUAGCCACAGCUCCGAGCUGGAGGGUCUGGACCAGUGAUGGUGAUGGGCUCGCUGACGUCUGCUCUGUAAACAAAGCAGGCCGAGGUGGUGUCCAGCUGAGGAGACACAGGCCAGUCUGGGCCCAGCGCCCUCGAGUCCCUGGUGGCCGCCCCCCCCCGCCCGGCCUCAGCCCCUCCGGCUCCACCUCCUCCCUGUCCAGCUGCGCCUCCUCGGCCUCCGAGUCCUCCCAGGCCCCCCCCCGGCACCCGCUGCAGCGCCGCCGGCCGCUCAUCCCCGACACGGUCAGACUCCCCCCGGGGGUCUCCCAGUCUGUCCCCUCCUCCAGCCCCCCCGCACCCCCGGUCAGGAGGCGGGGGCGGCCGGGCCGCCGCACAGACAGCGUCCAGUCGCUCUAUGUGGACAGCAGCGAGCCCCAGCUGCUGCUGCCCUUCUCCUGCCCCCCCCCCCCCCCCCCCCCCCCCCCGUCCAUCCUGAGCUCCCCCCCGCUCCAGCUCCAGCAGGGCCAGGGCUUCAGAGAGCACAGACGCUUCUCCAACCCCGACGUGCCCUACCUGGACCAGGACGUCUGAGCCGGCCGCUCAAAGCCCGCCUUCAGGAGGUUUCAGAGAGCUGUCAGACAGCUUUCAGCUUUUAAGAGAGCUUUUCAGGAACCUUUCAGAAAGCUUUCAAAGAGCUUUUCCAAGAGCUGUCAGAUAGCUUUUCAGAUAGCUUUUCAGAGAUCUUUUCAG